AUGAAAGCAUGAAAUAAUUCAAGAAGUUGCUUUGAGUAGUGGAAUCAAGAGCACACAUAGGAAAGUUGGGAAGGAAGGGAAGCUAGCAAGAGAAGGAUGAACAGUGCCACAUGCAGUUGGGUAGAACAUUACCCAACCACCAUGGGAGCCACUUGCGUGGUCCCAAUAUUGUGGUCUUGGUGCUUGGAGGCUCCAACCACUCUAGGGUUGGAUUAACACCCCUUGCACGUAGAUGUGUACACCACAGGUUGGUGUACACCUAGCUAAUAUACUAGUCGAGCAUGCUACAAUAUAUGUUUAUAAUCUAACAGUAUGCAUAUGCACUGGCACAAGGAUAAGGCAUACUCGGCAAGUAGCCUGUGAGUGAGUCCACUAUCCAGAUGCUGGUGGAGAAUCAGGUGGAUCACUUCUGCUUGAGACCCGAUCGUUGUGGUAGAAUGCUCGCCAACAAACUGUCACCCUCCCACCACCAUCCCCCCUCCACCCUACACUCGCACCCCUUCCUGGGCCAUUGCAGUGUCUUAUUGCACAGGAAGCGGUGUCCAUGCACGCACGGCACUACCCCGCACCUUUCCCCUUGAAUUCUCUCGCCUCUCCUCCCCCUCCUUCCCCCAUCCCCCCUUUAGCCUCAUGCCUGAUGGUGCGCAGUGUGUGGUGCCCCUGCACGCACAGCAACGGCAAGCUGCUCUCUGACGCGCUCUCCCUGCUCAACCUCUUUCUGGAGGAACUCCCCGAGGUGCUCUGGGAGCCGCUGCACGCCCAGAGGGGGGCGGGGAUGGGCUCAGGGGAGGGGGAGGGGGGAGGAGGAGAGGAGGAGGAGGGCGGUGAGAGUGAGGAGAUGGAGGACGCUGGGCGGGCGAAGAAGGCAGUGUGGCGGCACCUGAGGCAUCUGCAGCAGGCAGUGUCCCUGCUGGCCAUGGAGCACAAGGCCUCGUGCACCCUCCCGCACCUGCGCUCUCUCUGCCCAGACCUGAACGCGAACCAGCUGGUGCACCUGUGCGUGUGGUACCAGGACGACCGCUACUGCACACAGGGGCUGCCGGCAGCCGUGGUGGACCAGCUGUGGGGCGAGGUGGACGAGCGCACGCCCAUGCUGCUGCAGGAGACGACACGGUCCCCUCUGAGCAUCGCAGACAGCACGGAGUGGUUCCCCUUCAUCCACCACGAUGCCGCCAACCCCCAGUUCCCCGCCUUCCUGCGAACCCUGCUGCUCAAGAAAGCUGCCAGCAGCACCCGCAGCUCGCAGCCCACCCCCGCCAGCAGCACCGACAGCCACCUCCUGCCACACAGCACCCCGGUCCUUGGGCCACAGUUGCACACCCUACAAUCGCAUGGAGUGCCACCUUACGGCGCACAGUCACAUGGCGUUCAAUCACAUGGAGUACAGUCACAUGGUGUACAGUCUCCUGCUGUACUGUCACAUGGCUUACAGUCACACCCUCCUACAGUGGCCAAGUCCCCUGGAGGGCAGUCUUUGAGUGCGCAUUCCGAGCUCCCUCUCUCCCACAUGCCGGCUCUGCAGGAAGAAACCUCCCCUGCGCCGCACCUCCCCCGGGCAGACCUGCAAGCACACGCACGGGAUGUGGAAGGAAUGCCUAGUGCCGAUCGCCCGACAGCGUAUGCCUCUGCUUAUCGCACGUCGGGGUAUGAGACGACCGUUCAUCAGGCUGUGGAUUCUGAAAUGGGAGCUGAGGUACACCCAGGUAGAGAAUAUCGAGCAGGAGGACCAGCGAGUGGCGUCAGCAUGGAUGGUGACGGGAUGGGAGAAGACACACGCCCUGCUGACUUGGGUAGGGUUGAGUUGUCCUCUUGUACAAACCAAUGGGGAUUCACCAACAACGUUGGGUAGACUGAAGCUGCAACGGUUUUGUAUCAAUGUCGACUCAUGUCCUAUAAUGGGUGAUUUUGCAUCUUCUGCACCCAAGCAGCCCAGUGG